CCUCCCCGCACGCUUCCUCCUCACAUCGCACAUAAUUUAGAGGCAUUUUACAAGGAGACAAGAGAGCACGGCGAGAGAAAAUAGAAGAGGAAGAUAUCCUGAAUUCCUGAUCCCAUGGAGAGAGUUGCCUCGCGCUGUGUCAGCCUCCUAGCACAAAGGAGGGGCUACUCUGCGGCCGUGACCAUGGUGAAAGGAGCUGGGAGGAGCGCCGCCGCCACCGAGGAGAAGACCGCUGUCGCGGCGAAGAGCGCAAUGGCGGCCAAGAAGGACGUGGGCACUGGCGCUGAGAAGGCCGCGUGGGUGCCGGACCCGGUGACUGGUUACUAUCGGCCGUCGGGCGGCGCCAAGGAGGUGGACGCGGCUGACUUGCGCGCCAAGCUGUGCUGCUAAGCAAAGCAAGCGAACUAAUUGACGGCCGCCCACCAAGAACAUUUCCUCCCUUAAGCAUAAUCGUAAAACUGAAGAUUGUGAGGCGUUUCCACAGCUCUGAUC